CUCGACUCUGCAGUCACAGAAGCCGGGAAGCUAGAGCCGAUGGCAAGGAAGAAUCCGCCGGCGAAGAAACAAACACCUGCAUGUAGGAAGCUGAACGGAGGAGAGAAACCGUUGAGAGGAGCCGAGAGGUCAGCUUACUUCGCCAGGAGGGAGGCGGCUAAGGUCUUGCGCACCGUACUUGAAGGGGACGCCCGCCGGCGAGCUGUGGGGUCCAUUAAGUCAUUGGUUUAUAGCCCUUCCAUCAGGAACAAAAGAGCCACCUUUGCUUUGGUUUGUGAAACCCUCAAGCAUCUCCCAGUUAUCAAAGAUGUUUUGCGAGCCACUAAUGUAUUGAAUAGCAAGUGGAAGAGACAAGAAGAGUUGCUGUGCAUAAUUGCAUAUGAUAUCCUCUUUGGUAAGGAGUCUUUAGCAACUGGGGAUGCAGAAAAGCUUCUCUUGUCCAGGAAAGAUAAAUUACGGUCAGCUUUGGUUCAUCUUUUAGAGAAAAAGAGAGUGAAGCACAUAAAAGAAUUGAUGCCUCAAUGCAAAAUAUCUGAUAUGCCAAAACCACGUUAUGUUCGUGUAAAUACUCUGAAAAUGGAUGUGGAGUCUGCUAUACUUGAGUUGACUAAACAGUAUGCGGUUGACAAGGAUGACAUGGUACCUGGUUUGCUAAAGCUACCACCAAGUACUGAUUUGCAUAAACAUCCAUUGGUAAUAAAUGGAAGUAUUUUUAUGCAGGGCAGAGCAAGUUCCAUGGUUGCAGCAGCACUCGAGCCUAAACCAGGAUGGUGGGUGAGUUUACUCAGCACUGAAGAGUUAAUUCCUUCAGAUGUUCUUGAUGCAUGCUCUGCACCUGGAAACAAAACUGUUCAUCUAGCUGCUAUUAUGAAGGGAAAGGGGAAAAUAAUAGCUUGUGAACUUGAUAAGCAGAGAGUAAAACGAUUAGAAGCCACCGUCAGACUUGCUGGUGCUACUAAUGUCAAAGUUAAACAUGAAGACUUCUUGAAAUUGAAUCCUGAAGAGCCUUGUUGCUCAAAGAUUCGAGCCAUACUUUUAGAUCCAUCAUGUUCAGGAUCUGGUACUGCCAUUGACAGGCUAGAUCAUCUGCUUCCAUCAUAUGCUGCAGUAUUAGAUGAUACUGGCAACAGUGAUAGGCUGAUGAAGCUUGCUGCUUUUCAGAAGAAGGCUUUGGAACAUGCAUUUUCAUUUCCAGCAGCCGAGAGAAUUGUUUACAGCACAUGUUCCAUCCACCAGAUUGAAAAUGAAGACGUUGUCAAAUCUGUUUUACCCCUUGCAGCAUCUCAUGGUUUUCAACUUGCACCAGUUCAUCCCCAAUGGCCUCGGCGUGGCCUCCCAGUUCUUGAUGGAUCUCAACAUUUGCUGCGGACCGACUUGGUGGAAGACGGAGAGGGGUUCUUCAUUGCACUGUUUGUACGAAAAGCAGAUAAAAGACCUCAAGAAUAUGCAGAAAGUGAAACUUGCGAAGGAUACAGGAGCAAGAGAUUUUUGAGGAAGAAGACGGAAUUUGUAAAUUAUUUCUUUAACAACAGGUUCAGAAUGUUGUUAUAUCCUCCAUUUCGCUUGAAGAAACAGAGAUAAUGCAUUAGACUUAUGACAUGCUACACUCAUAAUUGUAUACAUCUCUCUUUGCCUUUCUCUUCUAAUUAUUAUUUUUUUCAUUGUCUUCAAUCCUCCUUCAGCAGUAAAUAGACUGCUCCAAGAAUUGCAUCUUUCCUUGCCCUUUUUUUU